UGACCUCCCUUCAAUCACCGUUACGCCUCCGCUUUCCUCACACGAUGGCCGACCUGUCCCCACGUCGGCCUCGCGGAGGAUUCUAUAUCAAUGCCGUGGUCCGCCUCGAAUUGGACUUCCACCGGCUUUCAAAAGUAACUUUCCGACCCUUUCUGGUCUAUCGCAUCUUUUGCUCGUUCUUCUCUUUCGAACAAUUCGCUUCAAGAUGCGUUCCUACAUUCUUAGCGGCGCUGUGGCCCUGAGCUCCGCGCUCGGUGCCUCCGCCGCAGCCACCGCCACUUCCGCCUACAGUGAUUCGCUUUCCGGCAUGGACUUCCAGAGAUGGUGCGAUUCUGAUACGGGCUUCUGUUUCGGUAUUGCGCUGCCCGAGACCGUGGAGAAGAGCUUCAUCGGUCAGCUGAGUGUGCCUCUCGACAGCUCUAAGGGAUGGGGUGGUGUCAGUAUGUCCGGUUCUAUGACCAAGGCUCUCCUCAUCGCAGCCUGGGCCAACGGCGAUUCUGCUGUCGGAACUCUCCGCGAGACCAGUGCCUACUCUAGUCCCGAGGUUUACAGCGGUGAUGCCAGCAUUCUCGAAAUCCCCGAGGGAACCUCCGUCAACAGCACUUUCCUCACCUAUACCUUCCUGUGCGAGAACUGCAUUCUCGGCGAGCCUACCACCUUCGGCGCCACCGAAGACACCUACUACUUCGGCUGGGGUCUCGCUACGACCAGCCCUACUACCCCCUCCUCCGAUUCUUCUGCCAUGCCUUUCCACGGAGCCGGCUACGGUGGCUUCGAAGUCUACCUGUCCAAGGCCAAGUCGUCUAGCUACGCCACCUGGGCUGCGAAGGCCGUCUCGAGCACAUCUACUGCCUCUGCGUCCGCCUCGGUUACCAGCCCUUCUGCCAGUGCCUCGGCCAGUGUCGUCGCCACGGUCUCGAACACGACCUAUGAUUACAUCGUUGUCGGAGGCGGUGCUGCCGGUAUCGUUGCCGCUGAGCGUCUGGCCGAGACCAACAAGAAGGUUCUGCUGAUCGAGCGUGGUGUGGCUCCGACCACGGAGCUAGGUGCGACCGAUGCUCUUUCGUGGAACUCCUCGAUGACUCCUUUCGAUAUCCCCGCCCUCGGCAGCUCCCUCACCUCCCUCAACUUGAUGGGCGACUACCUCUGCGACGAUACUGCGGGAAUGGCCGGUUGUGUUCUCGGUGGUGGUACCAUUGUCAACGCCGAAUCCUUCAUCCACCCCCAGGAGGCCGAUUUCGACGACAAGUGGCCCACCGGCUGGAAGUGGAAGGACAUCGAGGCGGCCGCUAAUCGUCUCUACGCGCUCAACCCCGGAAGCACUCUUCCCUCUGCCGACGGCAAGCGCUACGACCAGGGCAUGUACACUGUUCUGUCCGGCUUCCUGAAGGGUCUUGGAUGGAAGUCUGUUGACUCCCAGAAGCAGCCCAACGAGAAGCACAUGGUGUACAGUUACCCCUCCUGGGAUGUGGGCAAUGGUAUCCGUGCUGGUCCCGUCCGCUCCUACCUCCCCUUGGUCCAGGACCUUGACAACUUCAGCCUUCGCACGAGCACCAAGGUCCGCCGUCUUGUACGCCGCAGCGCCCGCGUUACUGGUGUCGAGGUCGAGACCAGCUCUGGUGGCAUCGAGAUCAUCAACCUGAAUGCUGGUGGUAAGGUUGUCCUUGCUGCCGGUUCCAUGUCUACUCCUCGCAUCUUGUUCAACUCCGGCAUUGGCCCCACUGAGCAGAUCCAGACUGUCAAGAGCGGCAACACAGGCAUCACCCUCCCUCCUUCCUCGGAGUGGAUCAACCUGCCCGUUGGCCAGAACCUUCGUGACCACCCCAUGUUCACCAUCACCGUCAACACCAACAGCAACUUCACCCACUUCAACACCUCCAGUGUUGUUCCCGGCCCCAGCGCCGCCGUUCAGAAGCUUUUUGCUGAGGGCUCCGGUGUCCUCACCCAGGGUGGCCACCGUCUCCAGUUCUGGACCUCCAACGUUGGAACCGAUGGCAUUACUCGUUUCUACCAGGCUUCCUGCAGCACCAGCACGGACGGCGUUAUCACCAUGAAGCUGUACCUGACCCACGGUGCCACCUCGACCGGUGUCCUUGGCAUUGACAGCUCCGGUACCACCACCCUCGAGACCGACCCCUGGUUGCAGACUGCCGCGGACAAGGAAGCUGUCACCCGCUUCUUCCAGAGCUUGAUCGACGACAUCAGCAACUCCACCUCCGGGUUCUCCAUCUCCGGAACCUCGACUGCCUCCGGUAUCCUUAACCUUAUGACCAGCGGUGACCACUUUGUCGGCACUGCGAAGAUCGGCACUGACGAUGGACGUGUCAACAACGGCACUUCGGUCGUUGAUCUCAACACCAAGGUGUACGGUACCGAGAACUUGGUAAGGAUGCCCUUCUGGAAUCGAUGGCAUCGCGCAGUGAGCUAACCGGUUUCCUAGUAUGUUGUUGAUGCCAGUAUCCACCCCGAUCUGCCCACCGGUAACACCCAGGCGAUCGUCAUGAUUGCCGCGGAGGCCGC